UUGCUUGAUGAAUCUCCCUGCUGACAGUGGGCAGGAUUUAGGAGUCCAUGAAUGUGCUAAUUUUACACUUUUGAAUGAGUGGAGAUCCUCCAUGGCGGGUUUCCAUUACAUCUGAGUCGAGGCAUCAGUUUGCAAAUGCAAUUCCAACAUCCCAUUUCUGCAGUGCCUAUUGAGUAGUGGAUAUUUCACAGAAGCCAUAUUAACCAAAAAGCUGACAUCAAGCUGUAUAUGAUAUUUUGGCAGAUAGCCCAAAAUCUUACUUGGAGUAAUGGAAGAGUGUAAGUUGAAAGCAGCUACUCCAGCAAAGAAAUUAGUCCAAGCACGAUUACCUUUCAAACGUCUCAAUCCUGUACCAAAGCCAGAAAAUGAAGAGAUUGAUGAUGCCAAGCGGACAAAAAUAUCUCCCAAUUCACCUGUACAACUAAGUUCGGAAAAACUGAUUGCCUCUGUAGAGGAUGUUGAGAAUGACUGCAAAAUAAACUUGGAUGGCCAGACUGUAAAUUCGCCAACUUUGGAUGGUGAUGUGCUUCCCUCCAAACUUGUUAAUGGGAAGGGACCCCUUGAUGGUUUCUUGAAUCACAUUCAGAAGAGUAAGCCUACAUCCAAGAUGUAUAGCAGCGAACUCCAUUCCACAAUUGACUUGACAUGUGAUUCUAGCAAUGAAGUGUUGGACAGUGCAGAUACCACAAGUAUAAAAGUAGUUGCUUCUAAAUGUCUAUGUAAAAAAACUAACAUUGAUUGUGAAAAAGCAUGUAACUGCAUGAAACCCAGUUUAACAAAAGGAGUAAAUUCUUCCGAAUCUACGAAUUCUGAAAAAUCAACGCCUGGGCAGACUAACAGUGAAGUGAAGGCCAAUGAAGGGAAAAAAAUUGACACUGACAGCUUACUUGGAAGACGAGUUCCUGUAGUAGUAUUACAAGAUAUAAUGGCUAAUAAUUCACGUUGGACUGGGAACCUGGCAAAGGGGGUCGUUCAAGCUGAAGGAACAGAGUCUUUUGCUAAUGAAAGUAACAAUUCGCCCAUCAGCUCCUUAUCAACUUCGUAUUCAUCUGUUGAGGAUUCACCAGAAGUAAGAACUCCCAAGGAUAAGGGGAGUCCAGUCUCUACAUUAACACCUUCAGGCUGCAAGAUCUCUCAGACUCCCAAGGUGCAAAACAAAAGAGCUCUGCAGCAGCAGCAGCGUGAAGAGAAACGACAAAAGCUUAAAUUACAAAAAGAAGAGCGGGAACGUGCAAGAGAGGAGGCCAAACUUGCCAAAGAGCGUGCAAAAGAAGAAGCAAAGAGAAAAAAGGAUGAGGAAAAAGAACAGAAGGACAAGGAGAGGAAAGAGAGAAAAGAAAAAGAAGAAAAGGAGAAAGCAGAGAGAUUAAGAUUAAAAGAGGAAAAACGGAAAGAAAAACAAGAUGCAUUAGAGGCCAAAUUGGAAGAGAAGAAAAAGAAGGAAGAGGAAAAACGGUUGAAAGAAGAAGAAAAGCGUUUGAAGGCAGAAAAAGUAAAAGAAAUUUCAGAAAUAACAAGAUUCUUCCGAAAACCAAAGGCUCCCCAGGCCCCUAAGACUCUUGCUGGAUCCUGUGGAAAGUUUGCUCCUUUUGAAAUCAAAGAACACAUGGUUCUUGCCCCAACGAGUCGGAUAUACUUGGAUCAAGAAGUACUUGAGCAAUUAGAUGAGUUGCUGGAACAUCAGAGUUUCAGUUCUAAUUACUUCAAAGAAAUGCACAAGAAGAAGCCCCGAACAUCUGGCCCUACAAGUCCAAGAAUAAGCAUCACUGAAGGUAGUUCAUGCAGCAGUGAUGUGAUUGUGAUAGACACUAAUUCAGGUAGUGGAACCAUUGAUAGGAGGAAACUUUGCAGAAUGAAGUUACUACAAUUUCAUGAAAAUCAUCGCCCUGCCUAUUGGGGAACCUGGCAGAAGCAGAGUGCAAAGGUGAAACCUCGGAAUCCAUUUGCUAAGGAUGAGCAGUUAUUGGAUUAUGAAGUGGACAGUGAUGAUGAAUGGGAGGAAGAAGAACCCGGCGAAUCUCUCUCCCACAGUGAAGGGGAUGACGAUGAUGAGGGAGAUGAUGAAGAUGAUGAUGAUGGAUUUUUUGUUCCCCAUGGCUAUCUGUCUGAAGAUGAAGGUGCAACUGAUGAGGAGGGGGAAAAUCCUGAAAAGCAGAAAAUCCGUCAGCGGAUGAAAGCGAAAGAAUGGGAUGAGUUGAUGAAAGGAAAGAAAUUUCAAGUGUUGCAGCCCACCUUGCUUGGAUGUUUUUGGGAGAAUGACGGUGAUGUGUUAAAUGACUCCACCAUGAAGACACUUCAGCAGUUUUCAAUUCACAUGAUCGAAGAUGAGCAGAUGCAGGAAAUGCACAAUGGGAAAUUAAAAGAAGAACAAAUAUUAAUAAGCCUGCUUCCACUACUUCAUGGAAAUGUGAAUGGCAAAAAAGCUAUUAUCAAGGAAUUUCAGGAGUGGUACAAACAUAAACCUUCUACAGAUGUGCCAGCACUUCCUCCUUCUGAUUCGAGUCCACCAAGCUCUGAUGUCUCAAGACCUGAGACACCCACAGUGGAUGAGGACGUCUCCAUCCCAUCCAAGGCAAAAUUGAAGAGACUUAUUACAGAAAAUGGAGUAUAUGAGAAAAGAAUGGCAUUCAGAUUAAAAUGUUGGUAUGUACAUGAAGCGGUGCUGAGAAAAUUCAGUAUGGAGAACCUUCCUGUUCCAGGACAAUGGAAUUACCUCACACAAGUCCAACCUACAGUCAAGGAGGAGUGUACCGUUACAGUGGGAGGCGGACAGAAUACUCCCAAUUUGGUGAAGAAUACAGCACAGUGCAUAUCCAGUUCAGGAAAGCGGAAGCCAGCUGGAAGUAUGUCCAUAAAAAAGUUCAUGCAGAAGUGUGUAGACACUGAAGCAGAUCAGGCUGAAACUAUGGAUACUGAUGGUUUUCAGGCUGAUACAGAAGAGGAUGAUGAUACAGAUUGUGUAAUUGUUGAUGUGCAGAUGAACAAGCCUAAUCCAAACGAUAAAGAGUGUAACAAAGAGUCUGAAGAUUUAUGCUCUGAUCAUGAGGUGAAGCCUGUGGAAUUGUGUUCUGAAUUGGCAACUGACAUCCUGCCUCUAGAGCAGAGUUCGGAACUGGCUGCUGCUGAGAUGAUGGACAUUGAACCAUGUGAAAAUGCUGCUGUCAGCUUGCCCAACCUUACCUGAAAUGAGAUUUUAUAAAUAUAUAUAUACUAAUAGCUUUAUGUGUGUAGGGUGCUUUUUUUGUUUAGAAACUUCUAAAAUCGAUUUCUGUAUCAUUUCAUAAACUUAAAAUACUUGAAGUUCUGGUUUAAAAAAAACAAAUAAACUGGCACUUUUGCAACAAAAAAUUGUAAUUUGAUAAUUUAAGAAAUUGACAUGAAUAUAGUUAAAACUACUGGCAUUAAUAAACACCCAGUUAUGUACAAUAUGAAAUCUUGACAUUUCUGACACUUGCAACAUUUGAUUUUUAAAAAAUAUUUAUGGAUGCACUAAAGUAUUAAAUGGAUAUUUUUUAUUUGACAGUUAUUGCAAUACAACUCAAUUUUUCAAGGUGCCUUUAAAAUGAUGGCACAGUGCGUUUAAUAAGAAAUCUUGUUUGUAAUUGUUUAUUUCUGAAACCCCUUUUUGUACUUAAUAUUGUCAUUCAUGAAUGUAAUAUUCCUCUGCCCAUCAACUUGCAGCAUUCUCUCCACCAUGAGCUCUGUAAAAUCAUUUAAUAGAUCUGCAUGUGGUUUAGUAGUAAGGUAGUCACAGUGCAGAAUUCCUUUGGAUCCCUAGCAAAUACAUGACUGGUUUGAGCCCCAACACUUUCAUAGAAGGUUACCUCAAAUACUUGUGAAAAGCAAUGGUAGUUGAUGGGUCCCAAGCAAUACUAAUUUUAAUUGGGAAGAAAAUUAAUAAAGUUUGGAUUAGAGCUGUCAUUUUUGGGGAUUUAUACUUUUAUAGUCUGAGCCAUUCAUAUUUGAAAGAGCUAUAGAAUGCAUGUACAAUAAUUUUUUGGGUUGGGUUUUUGGGGGCAAUUAAUAAGCAAAAUCCUUAAAUGUGUAUUGAGGAAAGAAAAGGUUUUUUUCUAAAUUUGAAGCCAUUCCAUGGUUGUUGCUCUAGCAGUAUGCAUUGUGUUGUCCCACUGAAAAAGACACGCUUCCUCCUCAGUUUCAGCUUUCUGGCAAAGGCUAGCAGGUUGUAAUCCAGGAUCUCUCUAGUUAGGAGCAUUCAUCUUCCUGACCAGAUUUCCAUUCCUGCUGCUGAAAAGCAUACCCAUAGCAUGAUGCUACCUCCACCCUAUUUUACAGUAGGGAUUACACCACACAAAACUGCCCCAAAAGUCUUGGCAAAGUGUCACUUAACAGUAUUUUCUAAGAUGCAGGAGAUGUUAUGCGGUCAGGUGAAUGGCCUCAGCAAUAAGCAGUGAUGACCUUAACUCAAACAUCUUUGGCAAGAACAAGAUUGCUGUUUAGUGCCACUCCCCUACUGUGGCUCAGCUUCAGCAAUCUUUCAAGGAGGAAUGGGCAAAUCUUGUUCUAUUAACAUUGUGCAAAGCAAAGAGGCUUGUCCAUGAAUCAGCUUGCCAAAGUAUGAAUCUCAAGUUUUAAAAUGCCAUGAGAAAAAUUAUAAAUCUGUUACUUCUAUCUGUUAAUGAAAUUACAUGAUGGGGUGGUGCUUAGUGUAUCAUUAACAUGGUUAGAGAAUUGAUUUAAGGGCAAACCUCAGAAAUCAUACAUUUUUCACAGCAGUCCAGAUUGCAAUGCAAAAGUUGCACUGAUAGGAACAUGUAUAUAUCAAUUUUGCAAGAUAUUUAUGUCAAUUUUAAACUGAUCUAAGGAAUCUGGAGGAGGAAAAAGGCAGCUUUAGAUGGGUGUGUUGAGAUGUAUUUAUUUUAGUACAAGGAGUAUUGUGAACAAAGUGGAUGAGCUUAAGCGCGUGGAUCAGUACUGGGAGCUAUGAUGUGGCCAUUACAGAGACUUGGAUGGCUCAGGGACAGGAAUGGUUACUUCAAGUGCCAGGUUUGAGAUGUUUCAUAAAGGACAGGGAGGGAGAUGAAAGAGGUGGGGGUGUGGCACUGUUGAUCAGAGAUAGUGUCAUGGCUGCAGAAAAGGUAGAUGCCAUGGAGGGAUUGUCUACAGAGUCUUUGUAGGUGGAGGUUAGGAACAAGAAGGGGUCAAUAACUUUACUGGGUGUUCUUUAUAGGCUGCCUGAUAGUAAUGGGUAUCAAGGAGCAGAUAGGGAAACAGACCCUGGAAAGGUUUAAUAAUAACAGAGUUGUCAUGAUUGGAAAUCUUAACUUAUCAAAUAUCAAUUGGCAUCUCCCUGGAGCAAGGGGUUUAGAUGGUGGAGUUUGUUAGGUGUGUUCAGGAAGGUUUCUUGACAAUAUGUAGAUAAGCCUACAAGAGGAGAGACUACUUGAUUUGGUAUUGGGAAAUGAACCUGGUCAGGUGUCAGAUCUCACAGUGGGAGGGCAUUUUGAUCACAAUUCUAUCCCCUUUAUAAUAGCAUUGGAGAGAGAUAGGAACAGACAAAUUAGAAGAAAAAAAUUAAUAUAUUUUUUAAAAGAGGAAUUGGAAGCUUAAAUUGGGAACAGCUGUUCUUGGAAAAGUACAGAAGAAAUGUGGCAAAUGUUCAGGGGAUAUUUGUGUGGAGUUCUGAAUAGGUACACUCCAAUGAGAAAGGGAAGUUAUGGUAGAGUACAAAGGCUGUAAUAAAUCUAGUCAAGAAGAAAAGGUUCAGAGAGUUAGGUAAUGUUAGGGAUCCAGAAGAAGAAGAAUAACUUGGCAGUGGAGUUAUUGGGGCAUUGUCAUGAUGGUGUUUCCGUAGCAAACUAUUCUUGUUUUUAUGAGGCUGAGUUGCUAGCUCGAUGCUCAACCUGACUUGGAUUCGAACUUGAGAACCUUCACUCCGGAGCCAGGCACUAUUAUUGCGCCACCAAGCAGGACAUAAGGCUGGCAGGAAGAAGCUUAAAAAGGAAAUUAGGAGAGCCAGAAGAGGCCAUGAGAAGGCCUUAGCAGGCAGGUUUAAGGAAAACCCCAAGGCAUUCUACAAGUAUGUGAAGAACAAGAGGAUAAGACGUGAAAAUAGUUUACUUCAGUAUUCACUACGGAAAAGAAUCUUGGUGAUUGUGGUGCUGACUUGCAGCAGACGAAAAGCUUGAGCAUGUAGAUAUUAAGAAAAAGGAUGUGCUGGAGGUUUUGGAAAGCAUCAAGUUGGAUAAGUCGCAAGGACUGAAUGAGACGUACCCCAGGCUACUGUGGGAAGUGAGGGAGGAGAUUGUUGAGCCUCUGGUAAUGAUCUUUGCAUCAUCAAUGGGAACAGGAGAGGUUCCUGAGGAUUGGAGGGUUGCGGAUGUUGUUUCUUUAUUCAAGAAAGGGAGUAGAGAUAGCCCAGGAAAUUAUAGACCAGUGAGUUACUUCAGUGGUUGGUAAGUUGAUGGAGAAGUUCCUGAGAGGCAGGAUUUAUGAAUAUUUGGAUAGGUAUAAUAUGAUUAGGAAUAGUCAACAUGGCUUUGUCAAGGGCAAGUCGUGCCUUACGAGCCUGAUUGAAUAUUUUGAGGAUGUGACUGAACACAUUGAUGAAGGAAGAGCAGUAGAUGCAGUGUAUAUGGAUCUCAGCAAGGCAUUUGAUGAAGUACCCCCAUGCAAGGCUUAUUGAGAAAGUAAGGAGACAUGGGAUCCAAGGGGACAUUGCUGUGUGGAUCCAGAACUGGUUUGCCCACAGAAGGUGAAGAGUGGUUGUAGACAGGUCAUAUCCUGCAUGGAGGUCAGUGACCAGUGGUGUGCCUCAGGGACCUGUUCCGGGAUCCUUAGUCUUUGUGAUUUUUAUCAGUGACCUGGAUGAGGCAGUGGAGGGCUGUCAGAGGUUACAGUGGGACAUUGAUAGGAUGCAAAACUUGACCGAGAAGUGAAGGAUGGAGUUCAACCCAGGUAAGCGUGAAGUGGUUCAUUUUGGUCGGUCAUAUAUAAUGGCAGUGUGGAGGAUCAGAGGGAUCUUGGGGUCCAAGUCCAUAGCACACUCAAAGCAGCUGCAUAGGUUAAUGCUGUGGUUAAGAAGGCAUAUGGUGUAUUGGCCUUCAUUAAUCAUUGAGGAGCCAAGGUAAUGUUGCAGCUAUAUAGGACCCUGGUCAGACCUCACUUGGAGUACUGUGCUCAGUUCUGGUCGCCUCACUACAGGAAGGAUGUGGAAGCCAUAGAAAGGGUGCAGAGGAGAUUUACAAGGAUGUUGCCUGGAUUAAGGAGCAUGCCUUAUGAAGACAGGUUGAGUGAACUCAGCCUUUUCUCCUUGGAGUGAUGGAGGAUGAAAGGUGACCUGAUAGAGGUGUAUAAGAUGAUGAGAGGCAUUGAUCGUGUGGAUAGUCAGAGGCUUUUUCCCAGGGCUGAAAUGGUUGCCACAAGAGGACACAGGUUUAAGGUGCUGGGGAGUAGGUACAAAGGAGAUGUCAGGGGUAAGUUUUUUACUCAGAGUGUGGUGAGUGUGUGGAAUGGGCUGCCAGCAAUGGUGGUGGAGGCGGAUAUGAUAGGGUCUUUUAAGUGACUUUUGGAUAGGUACAUGGAGCUAUGGGGAAGUCUAGUAAUUUCUAAAGUAGGGACAUGUUCGGCACAACAUUGUGGGCUGAAGAGCCUGUAAUGUGCUAUAGGUUUUCUAUGUUUAUGCAGUUGUGUCACAGAGCAGCCACCAUUCCACUGAAUAUUAGAGCAGUUUGGCGCUAAAGCAUUCUCUCAAACUCAAAUUCUCUGUUUUCCAGACCACAGAACAAAGAAUAUUGGACAAAUAAUGAGCUGUGUAGAAAGUAAGCAACACACAUAUUAAAUGCUGGAAGAACUGGCAAAAGAUCUCAGCCCAAAACAUGGAUUACUUUUGUCCAUAGAUGCUGCCUGGCCUGCUGAGUUCCUCCAGCAUUUUGUGCAUGUUGCCUGCA